GUUCUCGAAGGGCGGACUCAAAUUGAACUCGAAACUGAUCUGGAGGCGCGUCUGCGGUGACCGGCAAUACGCAUGGCAACUCAGCUGCAUGCUGUCAAUGCGGUCUCACCACGCCCACGCUCUCCGUCUUCCAAAUCGUCCUACCAUGUUCACUUUGCCCCAUCCCUGACGUUCCUUUUGCACUCUUUUGUUUUCUUCACCUCUUUUAGACCUCCCUGCAAGCGAUCGUAAUGCUCGGACGGAGGAUCGUGGAACCUUGUCCGGCCAUUGAAGACACGAAGGACUCGCAAUGGCUUCCCGAAGCUACAACCAGUCUCACGGUUAGACGUGUCAAGUCCGCGGGUCUGCGCAUUGUCACGGAAAGCGAGGCCUUAUGGCCAGACGUCUCCCUAGGCCAUGUGAACACCCUACGCCCGCCUUCAGUGAAUCCCCAGUCAUAUUUAUCCAUGAAGACUCCUGACACGAGUCAUACGUUUGGCUUUCCGAAUCCCACUAUGGCGUCCCCCAAGCAUCCGUACGCUGUAACCUCAUCGCCGUCCGCAUCUCCCGCCACGGGUAUCCUCCACGCACGUCGACUCUCUCGAUAUUCUCAGGUUGAAAGUACAUUACGCUCUGCCGCCAAGGUCUCAUAUGUUGAGGUUCCGCCCCAGGAGCUCCAGAUCCGGGUUCUCGAAAAGGCCACCGCCAUUCUCAGCGAACAAGCGCGCGAUGCGCAAGCUUGUGCCAGUAAACUACGCGCGCGAUUAGCGGAAAAAGGUUCCAAAUCACUCACGCGGGAAGAGCUCGAGGCACUCCAGCGGGAGUAUUGGAUGGAGGAACACAGGAGCGUUGCCAGGAAGAUACAGUGCGAGGAAACCAAAGGCCUCUUAACGAAGCUUAGCAGUCCCAUCAGCGAGGUGCCUCCACCCCUAGUCGUGGCUUCGCCUCCUUUGACACGACAGGAGGCCAAUCUGGCUCGUUUUCUGCAGCUGUCCCCUACCCGCAUCGACCUCCCCCGAAGCCGUAGUACCCUGACGAGCCCCACCCUUACGCGGAGGAAGACCAUAUCGCAUGCGCGUCCAAUGCGAUUGCGCCCGUCUGCACUAGACCUUGCUCUUUUGUCCCCAAUCCAAUCACAUCGUCGACGGUCGAGGUCGUUCGAUGCCACGCACUCUCGCCGGAACUCCGGUUCCACCGAUGCCACAUUCGUUUCCGAGCACUCGAGCGAGCAAAGCACCGUCGCUUUGCCGCCUGCACCAGUAAAGUCACCAUCUUAUCCCGUUCUGUCUGAGCUGGACGGGGUCAUCCGCAUAGCGAAGAUGGCUUCUCGUCGUCCAUUGGAGACGCUCCUUGCGGAGGCCGGCGAUAUUGCCAUUCCAGAGUACGCUGUCGACCUCAUCGAAGACUUCGCCGCUUCCCCCAUCUCGGUGGACACCAUGCUCUCUCCCGUGGUGUUCUCCCGUUCCCCCAGUACCCUCUUUUCCCCCAUGUCGCCCCGCUCUCAACCUCCGCCUCAGCUCGAAAUGCCCUCACUUUCCGCGCUGGAGGAUAGGGACCCGCGUCGGUCGCUGUCAAUGCCGGAUUUCUCCCACUUCGCGAUGGAAGAUGAAGAGCCACCGAAGUUCAACUCUCCCGUACGGGCUCCUUCUCGUCCUUCGUCGCCUCCCAGCUUACCCCGUCCGUCCUCGCGGACCGGUAACAUCAUUGACCGUCUUCGGAGUCCCGCUGCGGGUAACGGCACUCCGGUUGUUCCCCGUCGCCCUGCGACGGCGAACGCAUGCCUUCGUUCCACGGCGACGCAAUCCCUUCACGCUUCGUCGAUCAGGUUCGGGUCUCUCCGGCUGUCCAGCCCUUCGCUCAUGACCGUGCCCGAGUCGGACGUGGACCCCCUGCAACGGCCGCAAAGCUCGAUGAGCGGAUACGGGUACGCGUCGCCCGAGGCCGUCCUGGAGAGGGCUGAGACUGGCGGGGAAGUGAAGCCCGGGAGAGGCCGGUUUUCGAUAUCGUCGAUCCGGCGGCGGAGGUUUAACUCGACUCCCAGCGAUGUCGGUACUAGGGAGAGCCGGAGCAUCAAAGAGAAGGCCGAGGGGGCCAAAGGUGUUCUUCGAGGGCUCCGGAGGAAGCUCUCCAUGUUGGGUUCGCAAAGGUGAAUGGGAACACCCACUUGUUCAUCGCUUUCGCAGCUCUGUCACACAUCGCGCUCGUGUCGUCCGGUCACAGCCCACUUCAUUUAUCGUUGUUAUAUAAGCGUGCAGGAGCAUGCAAUCAUUUACAGGUCAUCAUUUCGCUCGGAUUUAUGCUUAUCUCGUUCUGUUUCUCUUGGUGCGUCUUGACAUAUCACGUUAUGACCCAGGCCUUAUGCCGCGGUCUUAUAAUCUGCAAUGUUUCAUAUCUUCACAUGUACAAUUUGGACAUUGUCUCAUAACUUGUAUCAAAGGACACCUGCGUCUACACUACUCUUUUGUACUGCCG